GGGAGGUAGGUUUUUCCUAUGGAAAAUCGAGGCGGAGCUAAUGCGUGCGCAACUUUGGUGACGUCACGCCAAAAGGUUUUUCCGGAUAAUGGCGUCCGCGGGGGUUGGAUUAUCAGUGAAUUCGAAGACGCGGGUCGUGGACGCGGGGGCGCGCACCGCUCACUUUCUCAAACAAGUGUGAAAUUAAUUGAGCGGCGAGUAAAUUGUGAAUUAUAGCCGUCCUAAGGAAGGAGAGGAAAUUUAAUGUUUCGGCCUUUUUGUGUUAUAAUGUUAGGGUGUCCAAAUUUUUCUUUUUUUAUGUACGGAUUUCUAAUGUGAAUUAUUGAGGUCCGUUUCCGUUUGAUGGUGAACGCAAAAAAAUGUCAAUUUUGGAACAGGCCAGAGCACUACCGCAUCUUCAAAGUUUGCCGCCGCCAGGCGGUUUGAUGGCUCCGCACGCUCCCGACGGACCGCCCAAUUCCGAAGUACUUUUAGCUCUUUUGGCCAGGAACAAAACCUUAGAAGCUACAAUUCCAAAGUGCGGCGGCUGUCACGAACUAAUCCUAGACCGGUUCAUCCUCAAAGUGGCCGAGCGCACGUGGCACGCCAAGUGCCUGCAGUGCACCGACUGUCGCGUGCAACUCACCGACAAGUGCUUCGCCCGCAACGGCCAACUCUUUUGCAAAGAGGACUUUUUUAAGCGGUUCGGCACGAAGUGCGCCGGAUGCGAGCUCGGCAUACCGCCGACUCAGGUGGUGCGCAGGGCGCAGGACAACGUCUACCAUUUGCAAUGUUUCGCGUGCGUGAUGUGCGCAAGACAGCUUAACACCGGAGACGAGUUUUAUUUGAUGGAGGACCGGAAGUUGGUGUGUAAACCCGAUUACGAAACUGCCAAAUCGAAAGCUGCCGAAUGUUUGGACGGCGACCAACCUAAUAAACGACCACGCACAACUAUCACCGCCAAACAACUGGAAACCCUGAAGACGGCGUACAACAACAGUCCGAAACCUGCGCGGCACGUCAGAGAGCAGCUGAGCCAGGACACCGGCCUGGACAUGCGAGUGGUGCAGGUGUGGUUCCAGAACCGAAGAGCGAAAGAGAAACGACUCAAAAAGGACGCGGGUCGUACCAGGUGGAGCCAGUACUUUAGGUCGAUGAAAGGUGGAUCGUCACCAAGACACGACAAACUAUUAGACAAAGACGACAUGAAGGUCGAUUUGGAUAGUUUUAGUCAUCAUGAUCUCAGCGAUGACAGUUACGGUACAGUCGUAAAUAUGUCAAUGGACCAAGACGGGUCGUCACCUCAUAGUGGCAUUGGUCGACCAAUGUUCCUGCACGGAGCAGCUUCACCCUCUUACCUACCCGGGCACACUCCUCCUCACGGGCACGAGCACAUGGGCUAUCCGGAUCAGUUGGCGGUGUAUUCUAGUUUAGGUCAAGGUCCCCCACCGGGUAUGAUGCACGGUUUGCCGCCAGGGGGCCACGAUUCUGAUAUCAGUAAUGACAGUAGCGCCCGAGGUUAUCCCGAUUUUCCUCCCAGUCCCGACUCGUGGCUGGGGGAGCCGUCCAGCGCACAUUACUGACCCCCCAACAAACUAUUCUGUGUUAAAAUUGGAUUUUUUUUUGGGAUCAUUGACAUUACACGACAUUGGUUGAUGAGAAUAAGUGUAAGAGAGAUGAAGCUAAUGUCGUAUAAUGUCGUUUUAGGAGAUUUUUCCCUCAUAAUUUUAUUUGUUUCCUUUUUCUAGUCAAAAUCUGUGAUUUGGCAAUUAUUAUAAUUUGCUUUAUUUUUCUCAAGUAGUUAUUAUGCAAGGAUGAUACACACCUACAGGAUUGCUUAUCGGCUUCGUUUUUCGUAAUCGGCGCCAUAUUGGUGUGUCACCAUUGCCGACGUCAUUAACUAAGUCGUCAGCUGUUCAAACAACCUACGUCAAGGCGAGAAACGCCAUGCUGCUUACGUCACAACUGGUGAUUUGGCGGAAGGAAUAGGGGAUUUGUUACACACAGGCCUUACGGUAAUUUCAAGCUUAGAAAACUCAGAUCAAAAUACCGAACGCACAAUAGAUUCAAACCUCGUGGUGUUGCCAUUUUGAAUGGGUUUUUGCUAAUUAUGGCAUUUAAAACUGGAAAUUUUUACUGGAAAAUAAAGAAAACUCAAAGCCUCGAAUUUUAAAUCAGUUUUCCCGCUCGAAAACGGUCUAGAAAAGCGGAAAAUCUAAAGAAAAAGCCUACUUGAUAAAACUUCAGUUUUCAUUACUUACCCUCUUGGGAAACUGGAAGUUUUUGGCCGACAAUGAAGGAAAUUCGAAACUUCAUAUUUUAAACCAGUUUUCCCGGCUGAAAACAACCUAAAAAAAUCGGAAAAUUCCAGGAAAAACUGAAUAAAAUGUAAGCAAGUCAAUUUAAAAUGGCCAACUGUCAAAAGAAAAAGUGACAAAUGACAUUUCAUUACAAGGGCUACUCGAUUGAAAACGACGUUGCCACAUCUUAAAUACGAAAAAAAUAUAUUUUAAAUGGGAUUUUGCUAAUUAUAACAUUUGAAACUGGAAAUUUUUGCUAAAAAAUGAAGAAAACUCAAAGCCUCGUACUUUAAAUCAGUUUUCUCGCCCGAAAACGGCCUGGAAAAGCGGAAAAUCCAAAAAAAAAAAACAGCCAAAAUAACAUUCCAAAACCUACUUGAAAAAACUUAAUUUUUCGUUACUUACCCGCUUGGAAAACUGGAAGUUUUUGGCAGAAAAUGAAGGAAAUUCAAAACUUCGUAUUUUAAACUAGUUUUCCCGACUGAAAACGGCCUGAAAAGCGGAAAAUUCGAGAAAAACUGGAUAAAAUGUAAACAUUUCAAUUAAAAACAGCCGACUGUCAAAAGAAAAAGGCGACGUUGCCACAUCUCAAAUAGGAAAAAAAUUGAUUUUAAAUGGUUUUUUGUUUUAAAUUUAAUUAAAUAUUGAAUAAUCUAUUGAUAAUGAUUAUAAGAUGAUAAGUUCCCAAAAUAAUGCAAUGGAAACUUAUUUUUAACAAAAUUUCAUGAAAAUGACACUCCAAGGCUUGUUUGAUGGUGAGUAAGACAAAGAGGGAGAUAAAGUAGGACAUAAUUUAAGUCUAAAAAUGGAAGUUUUUGAUAAAAAAAAAAUGAAGCAAACUUAAAGCUUUGCCCUUAAAAUCUCCUGGAAAAGCGGAAAAUCCAAAGAAAAAUCAACAUUUCAAAGCCUACUUGAUAAAACUGUCAAAACUGACAAAAACUACAUUAUUACAAGGCCUACUGACCUCGCGUUCGGUAUUUUGCUCAAAGAGCAGAGCACGCUGAAGCGGAGCCGUAAUUACGUCACCAGUGUGUAUCAUCCUUGGCUAUUAUGUACAAAAGCUGUAAAUAAUUGUGUACAAAUGUGUCUCUGAACUGAAUGUCAAUAAUUAUUACCGCACACAUCUACAAUACGCAUAAUCACCAAAUGUCAGGUUAAAAUGAUUCGCACAAAGUGUGCGUUGUAAAUUUACUCACUAAUGCAAUUGAGUAGGUUUACAUUGCCUGGGUGAGGCAUUUGUAAUGUACAAAAACUGUAUCUAUAGUCGUUUUAAUUCAUCUAUACAAUGUAAACCAAAUUUUCGUGACGAAACUCAUGACGUCAUAUUGUAUUGAACCUAGUUUGCUGAAAGCAUGGACGCAACUUCUAGCCAAUGAUCAAACUCAUGACGUCACAACAUUCGUCGCAAAAAUUCGGUCAUAGUCGUUCUAGUCAAAAAAAAACAAAAUGCAGGUAUUUUAAAAAAAUUUGUAAAAAAACCAUAACAAUGAUGUCUUUUUAUUUGUUUAUUUAUUGUUUAUUGAAAAUAAAGUUUUAUUUAUUGACGUCAUAGUUCUGUAGUUGCCACGCCCCAAUACUGUUGCAUCCGAUCGAGAUCGGUCGAGUCGACGAGACCGCGCUCGUGCAUCACCGCGAAAUCGUACUCCAAAUUGUACGGCAUCAGUCGCUGCAAACUGCCAAAGUAGGCGGCGUUCGGGCCGCCAAUCAGAUGCUGUUUCCGGUCCGAUGUUAACCGGGACGGGCCGGGAUUAAACGAACGUGAGCUGCCGAACUGUUUGGACAGGAACGGAGCAC